UUUGGAGUGACCAUCAGCAGACAAGCUGGGAGGGGUUUAGAAUGAAGGUUGCUCUCAGUUAGGUAGGUGUUAUUGUGUGUUUUAUACAGAAGAAAUAUCGCUGGCAUAGUCGCAUUAACUGUCGCCACUACUUGUCCUCGUCACAUAUCAGGCUUGCGAUGUGCCCUUGACAACUGGUUCAGCGCUUGCGUACUUUGCUGCCUUGUGACAUUAGGAGCUGAGCCACUUUGCCGUCCACCGUUGGUCUCUAACCACAUUACGUCUCUGCAUGCAGGGCCGUAAUUUGUGUGUAUGCAGCCAUGGAGUGACGUGUUGUGCAGGAAGAGUGAGUGACAUGGCUGCGAGCAGGUUCUGGCACUGUUGUGCCACUCUGGGGUUGGCCCUGGCCCUGGCAGUGACAGCCCUGCACUCGGAGGAAGACUUUGCAUUUGAGAUGACUGCAGCAGAGGAACAAGAGGUUCUUAAUGGGCCCAUUGCCCAUCCACACCCCCUUCCAGCAUCAUCACCAGUCCAGAGGCUCUGGGGCAUCCCUGACACUGUAGCACCUCUUGGCAGACUCUUCCACAUGAACAUCCCAAGGGAUGCCUUCUCAGGAGACGUGGAUCAUUAUGAGGCUAGAGGUCCUGGAGGCACUCCGCUCCCAUCAUGGAUUGUAUUUGAUAAAGCAACAGGCCUGUUUGAAGGUGUACCCAGUGCACAAGAUCUGGGUGAACACUACGUGACAGUUCGAGCCCUUGGACAGCAGUCUCAUAACUGGGCUAAGGAUGUCUUCUCUAUAGAUGUCACAGAGAAUUCAAGGACUGAGGGCUCCAAGGGGGCUGUGCCCCUUGUGGGGCAACAUCACAAGGUUAGGUGCAGUACUGGAGAAGAUCCUACAAUGCUCAUUAUAGUAAUGGAUGCCAAUUUUGAGCAGCUGAAACCAAAACAACGAGUAGUGGCCAUAAAGAAUCUUUCUGGGUUCCUGUCGCUCCAACAUGAUUUGUUCCAGUUGCAGCCUCUGAAUGGCCAGGAAGAUCUGUUGGCAGAUACAGUUGUGCUGGCAGGUCCAGGCAACGUGAAGAAGAGGACAAACAGACAUUCUACCUCCAUCCAGUGGCAGGUUGGCUGUGAUGGGCAUCUCUGGAAGCAGCAUAUGCAGCUGGUACAGCAGCUAAAGCAACAGGCCCGUGAUGGUACCUUGUCAGAGGUGUUGCAACAGCCUGUUGUAGGCUGGCACGUCAAGACUGAAGCUUCCUCUGCCCACAGGGAGCGCAGAGAGGUUGGCUCUGGAGAUUAUGAUGAAGAUGUGGAUGAAGCAGAAGCAGACGAGGAUGAAGCUGCAGAGAGCGAGACUGAAGCUGUACCAAGUGUUCACAUUGUUCCAACAAUGCCCUCUCCUGUGUUCCCCGAGCCAACAGCCUCUCAUCCCCACAGACAUCACCAUGGUGAGGUGGAGCCUGGUCCGAGCAUAAGCAUUAUGCCAGAAGUUGUGUCAAAUGUGGGGUACGGGUUGCCAACCAGUCCAGUUGUCUAUGGGACUAUCUUACCUACUCCUGUGCUAGUACCUGUUCGUCCCACCCAUCUGAUGAGCAGCGAGGUGCUGGUGGAGCCCAGCAGAGCUUAUGAUGAGUUUGCAGAGAUCACGCCAUCAGCUACUCCUGUGUUUGUGUCAGAAGUGGAGCCCUCUGUCACUACAGACAUGCCUGCGUCACAGGUGACGGAGCCUCUGCCCUCGUCAAGCAGUUCUAGUCCUAGCAGCAGUAGUUCUGGUACCAGUGGCAGUAGCACUGCUGACACUACAGAAACCUCUCCCAUGACGGAAGAAUCCUCACCCUCAUCCACACCUCUCUUGGUAACAGAUGAGCAGUCGAGUACAGAGAAGUCUACAACAGACCAAUCAUCGACCACAAGGACAACUGAAGAAGUUGUGUAUGGUGUGAAGAACAUCCAGCCAACAAUCGAUCAUCGGCUGGCCAAACAGGUUGCUGUAGCAGGCAAAGUGUUCAGCUUUGUAAUACCAGAAAAUGCAUUCUCUGACCUGGAGGAUGGCAACACAAGAAAUCUGCACCUGAUAUUCAAGACAGAAGAAGGCAAGUCUGUAUCUCCAUCUUCCUGGCUCCAGUUUGACCCAGAGAAGCAGGAAGUUUAUGGCUUGCCCCUUGAAGAGCAUGUGUCGAGGUGGAAGUUCAUCAUAGAGGCAAUGGACAGGGAAGGCAAGUCUGUGUCAGACAAUCUGGAGCUUACAGUGCAGCACCACAAGGGUCGUCGCAACGUGAACCAUGAGUUCACCCUUCAGCUGCGUGUUGAGAAGAAAUAUGACUUUGCGUCAUCAGUAGACUGGCAACUGACUGUGUUGGAUGCGCUGGCCAGGUUGUAUCGAGACCCGGACCCAAGUCAGAUUGUGGUUCGCAGUGUCAUUGAGGAAUCUGGCUAUGUUAACUUCACCUGGACCAACGAAAGUCUGCCUCGCAAUACAUGUCCCAAAGAUGAUAUCAACAAUCUUUUCAAGGUGUUGGUGCUAAAUGAAGAUGGAGAUCCAUCAUCUGCUUUGAAUAAUGUCCUUUCUCCAUCCCUGAAACCAAAGAAAGUAACAUACCAGGGUCUUCACCAGUGCGAGUUGGUGAUAGGGAAGCCUAGGAAGCCGCACAUGCCUUCACCAUAUCCUGAAGUACCAAAUGUGAACUACCCCCCCACCAUAAGGAACCCAGUAGACCACAUUAAUGCCACAGUUGGCAGACUGCUAGUGUUCAAAGUGCCAGAGGAUACAUUUUAUGACCCUGAAGAUGGCAGCACCCGUAGUCUGAGACUGUCACUCUUGACAAUGGACAGAUCACAGAUACCUCCGACGAACUGGUUACAGUUUGAUGUCAAGAAUCAGGAGUUCUAUGGCACGCCAGUACGGGAGGAUGAAGGCCGCAAGGAAUACCAGCUGGUAUGUGAGGACAGUGGCAGUCUAACAGCAAAUGAUGGUCUCGUUGUGGUCGUCCAUGCUGCACCCAGGAUCCAUUACACCGUUCAGUUUGCCAUGACACUGGCUAUGCCAUAUGAGACAUUUGUGAACAGUCCAUCCAUGAAACGGAAGUUCAUAGAGAAGCUCAAAAUUCUGUUUGGAGAUCAAAAUACUAAUGCUAUAUCUCUAAUUAGUGUGACAGAAGGUUCAACUAUUGUGACUUGGCACAACCGCACAGUGCCCACUGAUCACUGUCCAGAGGAUGAGAUCAGUGAGUUAAGGAAACUGUUGAUAAAUGAAGACCAUACUGUAACAGAGCGUGUGGGAGCGAUCAUGGGACCAGAGUUCAAUGUGAAAACAAUCACAGUUACUCCGGUUGGAAAAUGCCAGGGAGAGCUGACAGUGUGGCAUUAUCCUGAUGGCAGUGGCCUGCCACCUGAAGACACUCAGCCCAUAGGAACGUCGGAUGAAUAUCUGGUGACAUUUAUAGUGCCAGCUGUGAUCAUUGCUGCCAUGUUGAUCCUGGCUGGCAUUGUGGCCUGUGUUCUCUACCGGCGUCGGCGAACUGGCAAGAUGGAUGUGGGUGAUGAAGAUGAGAGGCAGAGCUUCCGCAACAAGGGGAUUCCUGUUAUCUUCCAAGAUGAAUUGGAAGAGCGUCCAGAUCCUGGAAACAAAAGCCCAGUCAUCAUGAAGGAGGAAAAACCACCCCUGCCGCCACCUGAAUACCAGCGUGGUGAACCAGAGCUGCCGGCCUCACCACCCACAGCUGCACAUCCCCUUCUUGGUGAGAACACUGCCUCUGAAGAUCCCCCAUACCAACCACCUCCACCCUUCACUAGCAGCCGUGAUUCCAGCAGGCAGAACCGCCCCAAACCUACUCCCACAUACCGCAAACCACCACCGUAUGUGCCUCCUUAACACGGAUUGCUUCACUACACAAUAGAUGACGUGUGCACGUUUCUUUACUUGACUCGGAUGAAGAUGAAAUGACGAUCGAUCACUUGGUGCCUUCCAUGUACCACAGUCUGGCUCCGAUAUAGUGUACCCCGACAAUACACAGCCUGUUGCAAUAACUUGACUUGCCGCUCACUUUGUGAUGAGACACUGAGUGGUGCUCCAUUGCAUCAUUAGUCUGAGGUAAAUGUUUUGGUGUAGAAGUGAUGCUGCCAAGACAUGAGUGGUAGUUUGCUGUCCUCAGCCAAGCAUGUGCAACAAAACUUGUAACCUGUUCUGCCGAGAGUUUUCUAACACUGCAUGAACCUUUUGUUUAUAUAUUUUAAUUGUUAGCGCCAAUAAGUGCUGAAUUUAUUUUGACAUUCACCAACAGUGGGUGCAACACACAUCUUGGCAGCUGUGUGUGACGUGAGAGGCAUCCGCAUACUUUGUGUCUGGAAUGUUGCGACUUCCAUUGUGUUUUGGUCAUUCCAUCGUUUCUGUCAUUGUGUUGCUGCCACUGCACUACAUUUCUACAGCCUUAUGUUAUGUUAGUUUUCUUGCAUUAAAAUUCUCUUCUGUUUUUCUUGUAAGUUACCAGGAAGUGACAUUUCUCGGGAGUAAUUUUAAUUAAGAGAUUCUGACUAUUAAUCUCCAUGUUUGUGUGUAUGUUAGGGUGCGAGAUAUGCAAGUGGACUGAGUGAGUGAUUGGAUUAAUAAAUGAACCAUAUCAGCUGUGGAUGAUUGUCAGCGUGUAAACAAGUAGGAGAUCCCUUGGGAUGCAGCCUGAUACUUGUUUCUAUUUAUAGCAUUUGUGACUAAUGAGAAAUGUGUAUCCUAGGAUAUUUUUCCAGAUAUGGCAAUGACUUGGGGCAGACAGGUGUAAUGGCAUGAUCACAUCAGACAUCAUCAGAUAUUGUGGGAAGUGGCUCUUCUCCCAUUAUCAGGCAUUGAUUAUCAUGAAGCCGCUUUAUUCUUUUCUCGUGACAGUGACCACCCAGUACCCCUUAAAGCUUAACCAAUAUACUGAGACCUCAGUAGUGAAAUGCAGAAAUGCAAGUACAGGCUGUUAUCAUGAAUUAUGCUGAAAGUCAGAUGUAACCACAUUUAAACCAUGAAGUCUUUGUCAGCUAACAAUAGAAUCUAUUUGUGUUUCGGAAGCUGUCACUGUUCCAUCAGAGUGGGUUAAGGUCAAUCCUUUAUAAUGGAGACAGUUACCGGUUCAAAAAUGUUGAAAAUGAGUUCCAUAUUGAUAUUCCUGAUUUCCUGAGAAGGCAUUGUAUUUACUUGCUAUCAAAACUUCAGGUCUCACAUAUUUAAGCUGUUGACAAUUUUGGUUUUCUUUUAUCUGCAUUCCAUGAAUAAACUAAUUGCACAAAUGGUUAUAUCAUGUGUAGUGACAUGUGUUCUUGUUCAGCCUGCUCUUGCAUUUCAAGAGCCAUGUUCGUGAAAAUUUGUCCAUAUUGUUUAAUUCUGUAACAUAUCCCAAUUUUUCCAUUGACUCCUAUGGUAUAAGUAGAGACAUGUUCCAGUCAGUUUUGGUUUUUUGGUCCACAGUUGCAAUAAAAAGUGUUUCUACCCAUAAUUAGGUAUACAGAAAUAAACUUGCCAGAAAUUUUCAAUGGCAGGUGAACUGACAAUGGAUGCUUAUAGCAGUGAUACUAUGAGCUAUCCUCCUGUAUCACUGAUGUUUAUGCACAGACUGGCCAGUGGUCAGCCACAUACAUAUAUACUGCUGUGUCAGAAACUCAUACACGUCGUCUGAGUUUCUUGAAAAAAAAAAUAUUUUUGUCAGAAUUUAUUAUUAUUUAACUUUUUGUUUAAAGAGACAAAUUUAUAUUGAGUACCCAUGAAUGUUGUGGUCAUGUUUUGUAGUUGUGACAGAGGUGAAAUCCUGUAACGUCUGUAAUACAGGGGCCCAGUAUAUAUCGGAAAAUAUAUGUUACUGUUUAAUAUGCAGUAUCGUACAUGAAGGGUUAUGGGUUUCAUCCCAGUCACUGCCAUGAGAAAGAAUUUAACAAAAGAAGAAAGAUUUUAGUGUAAGGACAAGCAGUCACCAGAUGGUAAGAAAAAUAUCAUGAGCAAAUUUUUCUCUGUGUUCUACACAAUCAUGUUACAAUUAAUGAAUGGAGAAGCUGCCCCAUGACAUGGCUGCAUGGCUGUUUUUGUCCAUAUAUCAGUAAACUCAAAUGUGUAGGCAGUCUUCAGCAAAACAUACAUCAAAUUGUGUGUCUGAAUGUCUUGUUAUUACUGCAUUUUAAAUUAUAGGGUACAGACAGGAGAAAAAUAUAAUAGACUUUUGUAUUUCAUUUUUACUGUCACAUAGAUGUGAUCAUGGUCGUGUAAGCUCUAAAGAAAAUAAAUUGAACUCUUUUAAGCCAA